AUGGUCGGAGGGUCGCUAGCCGGUGUUGAUUUGGGUCCCUCGAUGCUUUCCGCUGCCGGUCCGCCUCCCAAUGCAGGGCCUGCCAUGCCAGCAGGCACCGGUCCAGGAGGCACACCGACCACUGCUUUGAGCGUCUACCACCUCAUUACUCAGCUCUGCCAGCGACCUGAACCGAAGGCCAUCAAUCGCAAGCAUGGUUCUGUCUCUCCACCUACCACCACCACCACCACCAGCGGCGCUGAUGGCACUUCAAAGAACGGCGACUCUCAGCCGGACGGACAGGAGGGCAAACAAGGCAUCGAUACCGACCGCGAUGGUGCUACCUCUCCCAGCAAUCUUGAUGCUCUUCCCGGCUCCUCCGCCCAACGCGAGCAUGCAUUGCUGGAGCUGAGCAAGAAGCGCGAACAGUACGAAGACCUCGCUUUAGUGCUCUGGCACAGUUUCGGUGUCAUGUCUUGCCUCCUCCAAGAAAUUGUCUCUGUUUACCCGCUACUCUCACCACCAGCACUAACAGCACAAGCAAGCAACCGAGUCUGCAACGCCCUCGCUCUUCUCCAAUGCGUCGCAUCGCACUCGGAAACGCGAGGAUUGUUCUUACAAGCACACAUCCCACUCUUCCUCUACCCUUUUCUCAACACCACCAGCAAAACUCGUCCGUUCGAAUACCUCCGUCUCACAUCGCUCGGCGUCAUCGGUGCUCUGGUAAAACAAAACGAUAAUUCCGACGUAAUCACUUUCCUUCUCUCCACCGAAAUCAUCCCCCUCUGCCUCCGGAUCAUGGAGACUGGCUCGGAACUGAGUAAGACGGUAGCCAUCUUCAUCGUUCAGAAGAUCCUGUUGGAUGAUAUGGGAUUGGCGUACAUCUGCCAGACCUACGAAAGGUUUUAUGCGGUGGGGACGGUGCUGAGUAACAUGGUCAGUCAGAUUGUGGAGAGUCAGGCGGUGAGGUUGCUCAAACAUGUCGUCAGGUGUUACUUGAGGUUGAGCGAUAAUCCGAGAGCAAGGGAGGCCUUGAGGGCUUGCCUGCCAGGGCCCUUGAGGGAUGCUACGUUCGGACAGUUGUUGAAGAACGAUCAUAUCACGAAAAGAUGCUUGGCUACGCUCUUGUUGAAUUUGAGCGAUCGGGCGGAGCAGUAG